UCAUUCAGCCUUUGAGGCAGAGGCAGGAGGAUUCAGUCCAGGCUACGUGAGAUCCUGUCUCCCAUAAAGUCACUUUCUUGUUUCCUAUACUGCCCACCUCUUCCCUGCCACCUCAGACCUUGUUUCCAUGGGAACAGAAUCUGACUUAGGCCCCAGCUGAUUCUGUAGACCAGGCUGGCCUGAAAAUCACAGAGAUCCACCUGCCUUUGCCUCCCCAGUGCUGGGAUUAAAGGUGUGUGCUACCAAUGCUCACCCAGCUAAUUCUGAAAGUAACAAAAGCACUUGUAGUCCUCCAUUCCCUUCAACAUUCCAGCCACAAAACUCGGCCCAUUACAGGUGUCUCGUUAGUACCUCUUCUAUCUCAGCCCCAAGCCUGAGACCUGCCUGCUUCCUCCUCAAACCUCCCAGGCAAGGUUCUCCUAGAAGCAGCUCCUGUUACAUCUGGUAACCAGAUCUGACAGAACACUUCCCCCCUCCCUACCUCAGCAUCAGGGACUGAAGAGCCUCCCAGGACAGGCAAGAGCCUCCCCCCAGCCACACUAGUCAGGAAUCAUCACCAUAGCAACCCUAGCAGCAAACAAUGGUACCAGAAAGGGCUGUCCCCCAAGCCUUCCCCUCCUGCCCUGCAGCUCAGAGGAAGGAUGGCCAGCAGCUGGGAAAGACCCCUCCAAAGGCCAAGCAUGAACACUGUGUCUCAUGUCAGAGAGCCUUUCCUGCAGAUGGUCCAUGCCAGAGAACCCUUCCCCACCUACCAGACUUGGACCCAGCGUGAGUUCCUCCUCCCCAAAGAGGUCGCAGACUUGCCAGGCUUCACCCAGCAAGCCUACCACAAGUUGGCUCUGAAGAGGCCACCACACACAGAUUGCAAGUCCAAGGUUCGUCACCAGGUACUCUAUCCUUGGAAGGAUGCAGCCCAGCACACCUGGGGCUUUCACACAUGGCUCGAUGUGGGACGCUUGCCUGCCACCUUCCCCACCAGGCCAGACAUAGCCUAUGACAGCAACGUCUGGCGCUGCUUGACUCAUUUCAAUGCCCACCGUCUCCCGGUUGCACAACCUGCCAUCCCUCCGCCCUCCUGGAUGGGUCCACACAGCUUCCUGACCUUCAUCAGUGCUACCCCCAUCUUCAAGGACAAUAACAGGAAGAAGCAAGUGAUGGUGAGAGCAGUGAGAGAGCUGAAGGAGGUGGAGAAACUCAAGUUGAGGAGUGAACUGAGGGCCCCUCCGCUCGAUGCCCAAGGCAAUAUUCUGCCCCCACCAAACUUCAAGAAGUUCCAGCACAUAUCUGCUGGUGGAAGGCUGGAGCCUUGGGGCCCCCAGAUCCUACCCAACCCACUUCCCAAUAAUUUCACCAAGAACUGGCCCUGCCCUAAUCUUCAGCCUCACUACCAGGAGAAGGUCCUGAAACUGGCUCGGCUGCCCAGUGUGCCCCUGAGCAAAGACCUCGUGAAGGACUACCAGGCCCUGAUAGAGAACCGGGUUGUCAAGCCCCUCUACUACCUAUCCAAGGCAAAACCUGCCAAAACACCGGAGGGGGAGAGGAAGAGAACCCUGGGUACUUCUAAAAGUGCCUCCAGAUGGGAGGAGCCAAAGUGGGCCUCAGGGAAGGCAGCCUAGCCUUCUUCAGAAGCCUGAGGAGGCUGAAGACUCUAGCUUCUGGAGAAUAACCUUCCGACCAUCCUCCAGCCCUGUACCACCUCUGUAUCAGGCUUCUGGAGACAUUACUGAAGCUCUGAACUGUUCUGUGUCUUCCUUGGGGGACUCAUAGUAAUGUGGGAGGACUGGGACGGAGAGGGGGUGGGGCCCCCAACUCCUAAGAUUAGAAG